AUGGCUGAAGAUAAGAAGAUGAAGGCAAAAUCAUCAGAUCCUAGAUGGAAAUAUGGGUUUUGGCCAGACAUAGGGAAGAAAGAGUUCAUCCAAUGUAUUUUCUGCAAAAAGGUUGUCCCUUCAGGCAUUAAAAGGUUCAAGCAACACCUUGCUGGGGGCUAUUCUGAUGUAGUGAAAUGUGGUGAAGCACCUGAACUAGUUAGGCGUGAGAUGAAUGGUUACUUGGUCACAAGGUCAAGGACUCAGAAUGGAAUACCAUUGAAUGCUAUUAACUCAAGAAGCUGGGAGAUUAUGCUUGAGUCCAUUGGGCAAUAUGGUCCUAGGUAUCGCUCACCUUCAUACCAUGAGAUUAGGAAUCCACUACUUGAUAGGGCAGUGAACAAGAUAGAUGAGCUGAGAAAGAAGCAUGAGGACGCUUGGAAGGAAUAUGGCUGCACAAUCAUGUCAGAUGGAUGGACUGACACUAGCCACCAUCAUCUCAUCAACUUUCUUGCGAAUAGCCUAGCUAGAACAUUCUUCUUAGGUUCAGUUGAUGCUUCAAGUGAGAUAGCCAAUGCUUCUAUGUUAGCAGACUUGUUAGAGAAACAAAUUGACAAGGUUGGGAAGGAGUUUGUGGUGCAAAUUGUCACAGAUAAUGGAUCAAACUACAAGGCUGCUGGAAGAAUUCUUAUGGAGAGGAUCCCAACUUUGUUUUGGACACCAUGUGCUGCCCAUUGUUUGGAUUUGAUGAUGGAGGACAUUGGGAAGAUACCUGAGUUUAGCUAUUGCAUUAAUUCGACUAAGAAGGUGUGUAGGUUUCUCUACAAGCAUGGGAGAAUUCUGGAUCUUAUGCGAGAGAAGAUUGGUGGUGAUCUUGUGAGGCCUGCUGUUACUCGCUUUGCUACUUCCUAUCUCACAUUAGCAAGCAUGCAUAAGAACAAAUAG